AAAAACAAAGAAUACGUCAUUGAUCUUCCUCAAUCGCCAUCGAUCCCGUCAUACUUCACUGAUUUUACGUGAAACGUUUGAAUCGGACACCUAUGUCGUUCACUUGCAUAUGAAGCGCUCCGUACCUUUUAUGAUUAGGAUUCACCAGGCGGUAUGUGAUUGCAGAUUUUAUUUCGGGAUUAUUAUUGUGAACGAGGAAUAACAUUAUACAUCACCCAAAGGACGAUUUUAGUUUUCUUCUUAACCUGAGGAAGGGACGUGGUAUGGGGACAUUGACAGCGUUCUACUUGAUAUUAGUCUGUGGACUAACGUCGUUGCCAUGGAUACCAAUUGUGAAUGGAUACAGUUCUGGCGCUGCCGAUCAGGCCUGCCCUAACCUACAGCCAUGGCACUCAGGAACACGACCCAGCACCCUACCGUCACCCUUCGUUAUCACCGUCUCCAAAACUACGUACGCUCCCAGGGACCAGAUCACAGUGACCAUUCAAGCGUGUCCUGGAUAUACCUUCAAGGGUUUCCUCAUACAACCCCGGUUGGUCCAGUAUUAUGAACAGGAUGUCAAAGUUGGAGUCUUUGGAAAUUAUCUCAACUCUCGUUUCAAGUACGCAUGCCCAGAUACAAGAUUGGGAACUAGAGGUCAGGCGUUGACCCACACCGAGGCCUCAGACAAAACAAAUAUGAGAUUUGUGUGGCAGGCUCCACAGGUACCACAAGGACACGUGUUAUUCAGGGCGACAAUUGUGCAGCAAUUCAGUACAUACUGGAUGGGAGUGAGCUCUCCAGUGGUUUAUGAUCAGUUCAGUAACGUCCGUUUGUCCCGACAACAGAUAAUGUCUCUGACGACCCCAUUGUCAACUGCAUGUAACCAGGCUGCCAACUCCACCACAUCUUCUCCAAUGACCACCACUACAAUAACCACCACCACCACCACUACUACAACUCCGAAACCAACGACCACCACAACCACUCCAACAACUACUACAACUACGACACCGACGACCACCACAACCACCACACCUACUACUACCACUACUACUCCAACAACCACCACUACAACAACGCCCACCACCACCACAACAACUAUAACAACAACAACACCGACUACAACUACCACAACACCUACAACAACUACAACGACACCGACUACCACAACACCUACAACCACCACUACCGAGCCAAUCACAACCAGGCCCUCUACUACACCAAACAUUCCGGAUCCAGGGACUGUGACAAUAAGUCCGGACAUGCGCUGUAAUGUAACCAGGGGCUGUCAUCACGACUGUAGGGGGCGCUACUGUACUUUCAUCAUUGGCUGGGUAGACAAAGGCGAUUCCAUCGAUUUCGAAAUAAAAGCUGCUGUCAAAGAAAGGGGUGAUAGAUGGAUAGCCGUAGGCUUCUCAUUCGACCGCAGUAUGGGGUCCGACAGUGUGACGGAAUGUGUGACGACUUCCGGUUACGUCAACGUCUUCCAGUCUUUUAAUAAAGACACUCGUAUCAACUCAAGGCUUAGGAAUCCUAAACUCGGUUUAAGCAACGAGGGAGGUUCAUUUAUGGACGGUGUAUUUACGUGUCGUUUCACAAGACAGAAGGUCGUGACCUCUGACACCUCAGUUUAUGACCUCAACAAAGACUGGCACAUCCUCUUUGCUCAAGGAACAGCAAUGGCGGAUGCCUUCAGCGGUCGAGGAAUGAAGCUGCCUCACAUCUACAACCCGGCACCAUAUGCCUCUGUAGACCGAGUGGACUUCCAGCAAUACCUUUUGUGGGUGACAACUACGACAACAACGACAACAACUACUACACCUCUUCCAACCACUACAACUACCACGAUGGCAACUACUACCAGACCUCCUACCACAAUUAAGCCCAGCACUACCACGAUUGCCUUGCCCACCACAAGGGUUCCUGAUCCCUUAACUUCUCUACCACCCGUUAUCAUUACUACAGAUCAACGAACGGAGGCCCCCACGACACCUGCCGUCACAGAGGAACAGUACGGCGACUUGACAAACGAUCUGGCGUGUGGUAUUAAUAAGGGCUGUUAUGAAAAAUGUACAGGAGAUGUCUGUCGUUUUAUCGUAUCCUGGAGGGAUAGAGAUGAUGCUAUUGACUUUGAACUGAGAUCGAGAGUUGACGCAACGUCCGAUAGAUGGAUGGCAGUCGGCUUCUCAAACGACGGCAAUAUGGGUACGGACAGUGUGGUUGAAUGUCUUAUGGAGAAUGGCAUCUUGGAAGUCCAGCACUCCUAUAAUCACGAUGACAAGACGAAUCACGUUUUAGCCGAGCCUGGGGUUGGAAUCAGUAAUAUUGGAGGUCGUCUCGAAAAUGGCUUAUUUACAUGUCGCUUCACGAGGGAAAAGGUUGUACCUGGUCAUUCGACAAUAUUUGACCUCAACAUGGACUACCAUAUCAUGUUUGCCCAGGGACGAGUAGAAAAUGGUGAGAAGAGUCGUCACAGCCUAGUGACCAUCCCGUCCGUGUCCGGAGAGCGAGUGGAUUUACAGCAACAUAUUCUUGUUACCAGCGAAGCCACGUAUUUCCUUGUCAAAGUCCACGGCUGUUUGAUGAUUUUCGCAUGGAUCUUCUGUGCUAGUAUCGGUAUCAUCACUGUCCGGUUCUACAAGAAGAUAUGGCCAGACAAAACUAUCUGUAGAGAACGUAUAUGGUAUCAGGUUCACCGUUUUUGUAUGAUCCUGGUUGUUUUGUGCGUUUUGGUUGCCGUUGUACUUAUAUUCUCGGACAUAAAAGGCUUCAGCAAGAUUGAUGGGAAGACAUUCCACAAAGCUCAUCCCGUAAUAGGAAUCAUUGUUACGCUGUUUACAAUAGCAAAUCCAAUAGUAGCGGUAUGCAGACCGUUACCCGGAACAGUGAAAAGGAAGAUAUUCAAUUGGAUCCACUGGGGACUCGGAUCUUCUGCGCACAUACUCGCAAUAAUCAAUAUUUUUGCCGGAGUGGAGUUGAGUAAGGCUGGCGCCCCUUCUUAUAUGAAGUAUGCAUUGCUAGGCUACGUAGCCUAUCUAGUGCUAAUAUACGUGUUGUUGGAAUUUCACCAGUGCAUCGCUAAUAAAUCAGAGCAUAAAAGAAACCAGACAUAUCUAUAUGAAAUGCAUAGAAAGCCUUAUAACAACAACAGAUCAACGAAUGUAGCCAUAGAUCUGGAACCUCCGUACAGUCGGAUGAAGAAGGCCAUCAUGGGAUCGCAUAUCUUAAUCACCUUUGCCGUCACGCUUAUUUUUGUCAUCAUCGUCAUCAUCAGCUGAAUAAAGACAUUCCACGUUCGAAGAUGGAAUUCUUUGUAGACGUCAUGGAGAGCGAUUCAUACUUGAUGGUCAGUGGUCAGUAAUUGACAUCGAGGAGAGUGGACAUUUCCUACAACAGAUAUGACCUCUGUCGUGAUUCUUAGAUGAAUGUGACAUGAUUUCUGUACCGCACGGAAGCAGAAACGCAACUCUCCGAUGAUCCAAAGUGCUAAUAUUUAUAGUAACAGUUUGACAGUGAUGUUAAAAAACAGUAAUGCUUUCUUAGCUAUGUUUCCAUGGCUAGAAAUAUUGGCAUUAGAAUGACCAGAAUGGCUAAUGUUAAAUUACGUAUUGCAAGUAAUAUGUGCAACCAAAUAUUAAAUGUAUGAAGUGAUUCCUGAUGGCACACCCAGAUGUUUACUGUCCCGCGUAAACAUGUAUGACAAAGUAAAGUUGGUGGCGUGCACCAAUUAAACUUCAUCGCUUACAAAACAGUUGUUGAAAAGAUAUCUGUAACUUACACAAGUGCGCGAUUUGAAUCGUCUUUAACACAUUAGAUACUAAUCAGCGCAUGUUGUUAUGAAGAGUUGUUGGUAAUGCCGUCGUGUGUCAUGUUAAUGAGAGUAUUAAUGUAUGUUAUUAUGUAAUACUAUUGGAUGUAAGCGAUACACUAUUACAUUGUAUAGAAAUGGACAUAUAAAUGUCCGUAUAACUAGAUAAAACAACACAUAUUUUAUGUUCCUUUGUGAUAUUUGUACCUUAAUACAAGUGAAGUUGUGUUUAUAACGUUUAUGAAUAAUGAUCUGCUUGCUUGCUAAAACUAACAGAUUUGGUCAUCCAAUAAUGUUGUGUCUGAUGUGAUGAAGAUUCAAAUUGCGCAACGAAAAAAAUGGGAUUUUUUAUGCACCUUUGCUACGCAGGGAAGGUUCCAUUCACAAUUGAGUGGAGCUUUGCUGUUAUGCAUGAAUUCAUUUGAAUAUGGCGCCAAAUAUUGCGUGCAUGCUAUUGAACAUGCACUUUCUUAAUGCAGUGCAGUGUCUUCAUGCAUUAAAUCGAAUUUUAUUCAAAUGUGUAUGUCAAUAAGAUGGUAUUUGAUAGAAUUAUCGUAUUGAAUGACAAAUACGAUACUUUUUUACUCCGAUAUAAUGUACGCUUGGGGCUGAUUUCGCCAAAUUCGCGACCAUUGAAUGUGUAUAAGUAUGAUUAGGGGAUAUCAGUAGUAAUGCAAAACAAUAUGAAGAUAUCUUUUGAUAUCGACUAAGCAGAAUUCAGCUAAUUAUUCACUGCAUAAAAUCAAUAACAUCGGUACUAUGGUAUACAGUUUACUGUGGUAAUAGGACAUAUCAAUAGAUACUAGAAUAAAAGUAAGAGAUGAGAUGAGUAGCCACUUUCAAAUAACAAUGAUAUUUGUCGUACGUCACAGAUAAGCCCAAAAUGUCGCACUUCUUCGAUGUUGCAGUUUCUUUUAUAUUUUGUCCUGACAAAUGGAAUAAAUGAUAAUCAGAUGGUUCGUGGGAGCAAGAAAUAGCGAUGAAUUCUACCACAUGAGCGAAAAUCAAGAAAUGUCAAAUAUCGUUUUUGUUACAUGUUUAUGUCAAUAUUUAUUAAUAUACCUGAAUUACACUAUAAGCUAGCGUCACUUCUGGAAUUUAUAGUAAAAAAUAAAUAGGUCACAUAAUCUACAAGUAUUUAAGAUGCAUUGUUAUUAAAUUAUUAAUUAUAAAAUAUUCGUAUGUGUAUGAAAGUUAAAGUCUUCAUAUGAAUCAAAUGUGAAUUUGUGUAUUAUUUGAACCGGUUGUGAAUGAGCGGGUUGAAUGGAAGGAAAGAAAUUUUGUUCGAAUCGGGAUUGAACGAUUGGCUAAGUGGAUCACAAUGUCAUGUAUUAUUACUUAUUGAAAAUUGCCUUGUACAUUAAAACAGCGAAUAUCAAUAUCGAUGUUAAUUUCAA